AUGUCGGCAAGGGUGGCUAACUCGGUGCAACAGUCGCCUGGACACAGCCAUGGGGGCCUCAGCACACCGGUCUCCGGCGGACCACAGCACAAGCUGUACAGGAGCGUUCCUAUUGUGUCAGAUGCGUAUUGGGCGCCGGACUUCGCGCACAUGGAAGCUGCUCGACGGCAGAAGCCGUGGCACAUCGACUCGCUCUUCUUUGAAUCCGUCUCUGUCUCGCUGGUUGCCACAGUGAAGAUGUUCCUUCACGGAACGCGUGGGCGCCCUGACAUGUCACAGGGCCGCUUCAACUGGUUCGAGGUAAUGGGACUCUUGAUUGGUCAUUUCAACCACCGCGAGCUCAUUUUGACCGACAGCUUCAGCUUGCCUGUCGCUGCGUCGGAGGUAGAGUGCAACAUGACGGAAGCCUCGCAGAUUUACAUGGCUAAUUACCUCGAGUACCACCGCCGCCUCGGCAAGGCGGAGCCAGGUUGUAUUGGGUGGUAUCACACCCACCCUGGCUACUCCUGUUUUCUCUCCGGCAUUGAUGUGACGACGCAGCAGGGCAGCCAGCGGAUGCAGGACCCCUGGGUGGCGCUAGUGAUCGAUCCGGUGAAAACACUGCGAAGUGGUGAGUUCUCCAUGAAGGCGUUUCGCACUUAUCCUGAGGGGAACCUUCAAGACCAGUGCUCUCAGAAUGGGUCUCACAACGCUGCUGAGGGUGCCCACCCUGCUGCAUCUUCCGCCAACGCCUCCGCUUCUCUCGUGUAUGAAGGGUAUGGGCUGCCUUCUGUUAGUCGCUUAAAGGAGUUCGGCAUGCAUGCGCACAAGUACUACGAGCUGCCCGUACGCAUAGUGCAGAGCGCGCGCGAUGCGCCACUGUGGGAGCUGCUACAACGACGUUUCUGGCCCCUCUCGCUCUCCCUCACCUUCCCGUUCGCGCCGUCGACACAGGUUUGUCUUUGCUCCUCUGCCGAGCUCGCCAAGGUGGUGUCCGCCCUGGCGGCACGGACGCAGGGCCCGUACGCGCAUGAGCGGUCCCCGCUGGCACGCGGGCGCUUUCCUCGCAGAGGCGACGUGGAAAGCAUGCCGUUGCUUUAUCAGUCAAGCAAAGGCGUUAGAAGCGCCCAGGCGUGCAGCGGUGGCGACGGCAGUGCAGAUGCUGGCGAUGCGGCAAAAUUGGAGCAACGACUUCUCGCGAUUACAAGCGAUGUACUCAGCGCCAGAGCGGAAUCCUUCUCCUUGAUCGGUGCUUCGCGCCCCGUGCACGCGGAACUGCGUGCAGCGAUGCGCGCUGUUGCCGCGGCUACAGGGUCUCUCGCAAGAGGCAAGAGACACAGCUGCACGUCACCGGGGUCCGCUCGCAACGCGCAAAAAGAGGUGUCCCUCUCGUCUUCGCCCACUUCCAGCCAUGAUGACUCAAUGGAGGAGGAGGAGGCGUAA